CUAGGCGUAGCACACUAAAAUGGCGACUGGUGACUUUGGCAAGUUUGUCAGCAGAGUGAAACAGAGCGCAAUAUCUGUAGCAGGAGAGCUCACUCCUGUCUUGAAGAAUUCCAAAUUUCGUGAAUCUGGAAUGAUCACUCCUGACGAGUUUGUCGCUGCAGGAGAUCAACUGGUAUACCACUGUCCUACAUGGCAAUGGGAAUCUGGAGAAGCAUCACGACGUAAAAGUUACCUACCAAAUGGCAAGCAAUUUUUAGUGACAAGAAAAGUGCCUUGCUACAGAAGAUGUCAUCAGAUGUCUGUUCUUCCUGAGAAUGAAAAAGUUAUUAAAUUGAAUCAAGAUGAUGCUGAAGAUGAAGGCUGGGUUGAUACGCAUCAUGGAAUAACUUUAGAUCAGACUGGUAAUGAUGAUGCACAGAUGAUGACAUUAACUGAUGAGAAACAAAAGGAACCCACACCACAAACAGGUAUGCAGUUAAUGGGGAUCAAUAAUGACGACAGUGACAGUGAUGAUGAAAUUGUCAUGGAUAUGGAUGAUUAUGAAGAUGAUGAUCCAGCUGUUGUAGCCGUUAAACCAGUGACAAAGAAACAAGAUGAAAGUGUCGUCCUUCAGACCAGAACGUAUGAUCUAAACAUCACUUAUGAUAAUUAUUACAGGACUCCUCGUUUGUGGCUUUUUGGUUACGAUGAAAAUGGUAAACCUCUUACUGAAGAUCAGAUGUAUGAAGAUAUAAGUCAGGAUCAUCUCAAUAAAACUGUUACGAUGGAACAGCAUCCUCAUUUACCACCACCACCAAGAGCUUCGGUACACCCUUGCAGACAUGCUGAGUUGAUGAAGAAGAUUAUGUCAAUGGUUGAAGAAGAUGGCCGGGAAUUAGAAGUUCAUGCGUAUUUAUUGGUGUUCUUGAAAUUUGUACAAGCAGUAAUACCUACUAUUGAGUAUGAUUAUACUCACCAGCUAUCUCUUACAUCUACUUGAAAAGAUACCAAACUGAUAUUUGUUUUUUGCUGUUAGCUGUAGCACUUAAAUAUUAACAAUAAAAUUAUGUGUUUAUACAUGAAUACAUGAUUGUAGUAUUUUAUUAAAUAAA